AUGGCUGUACAGGCCGAAUUUGGAUCCUGGCAGAUCACUGUUGGAGGCGCUGCGAACAUACUCAUGUUCGAUGUUCCGCUCUCCCACAUCCGCGGUAGCGUCACCAAAGAUCGCCAAACUAUCGCGCAGUUUAGUUACCGGCCCCUAGCGGCUAGGGUACAGCUCGUUUUGAAGUUUGUUAAUGGCAAGGACAAGAGUCAUGACCUCGUUGUUGAUCCCAAUAAUCCACCAACCUCCCUUGUUUCACUCAUGGACGCCAAUGGUCACCCGUUACCCAGUGCGAUUGAUAAAGCUUUCAUCACCGAGGCUUUGACUACGUGGCUCAAUGGGAACCUCUCAGAGUUCAACCACGUGUUUGCUAGCGUUGAGCUCGAUCCUGGCGUUGGCUCAGAUACCCAGUGGGCAUUUUGUAAGCCUUCCGUUGUUGCGUAUACCUAUGUCUCUGGAAGCUCGCUUGCAGACAGCUAUCUCGGCAUAUUAUACAACACUGCUGGAAAAUCUACACCUGGGUCAGUCACACAGAUUGAUCCUUCUUUCAUUCCUGCAGGAUGCGAGGCAGCGUUUAUGCUUUCACCAACUAUGUUUAUCACGGACUUUUUGGGGCCAGCGACACGUCAGCAGUUUGGCAUCCAGGCUGAAUCACUGAAAGUCGAUACAAGUCAAUUGACGGUGGCCCUGAAUGCUGGCGAGCGUGUCGCACUGCCUGAGAUCCCUGUAGAAGAACCAGCGGGGCCGUCUCGAGUAGGAGUGUUGAUUGCCGGGGUGCUCCAAGGCUUCUUCGAGGCCGCGGGCAAAGUGUUUGUCCAUCCCAAAAAGGUGUAUCAAUCUUAUCUGAUAGAUCUGCAGAUCGCAGUGCAGAAUUCUGUCAUCAAGACACACGCUAAAACCUCGACAAUUGUUCUUGAAGAAUUCUUCGGGACUGUGACGGCAUUCAACGAAUCGCAAAGCUGGAUGACCUUUGGUCUUGACGCAUCUCAUCAGGCUCUCACCUACACCAAUACACAGCCAUCUAUCAACAACCAUCACACUGAGCAGUCUAAAAGUUUCACUAUAAUCCAGGAUAUACUCCAGGCUCUGGGUAUUGUCACCAUUGUUAUCGCUGCGGUCUUGACAGAUGGCGCAGCCUUGCUUGCGUUUGGUGCACUCAGCGGCGUAGCAUCUGGGAGCGCACAAUGGGCACUGGCUUCACUUGAAUCUGAUCACAAGAACGAUGCGCCAGAGAUCAACAAACUAGUGUCCAACCUCACGUUGCCUGUACGCUGGUCAAGUACAGGGCCAUUUGCGACAACUCAAGCGGGUCUUCACCAAGGUGGUUUCUUCCUUGCGGGGACUAUAAGGCAAGAUGAGAAGCAGACCUAA